AUGGGGUUCUGUGCUAUGUGGGUAAAUUGGAUGAAGAUGUGUAUGACUUCUGUAAAAUAUUCAGUUAUUGUUAAUGGGAAUACUGUUGGAUCUAUUGCCCCCGGAAGAGGUUUACGGCAGGGAGAUCCUAUAUCGCCCUACUUAUUUUUGGUAUGUGCAGAAGGUUUGUCACUACUCUUCUCAGAAGCAGAAAGGUGUGGUAAGAUUCAUGGUGGUAAAGCUGGUCGAGGGUGUCCCAAAAUCUCCCAUUUAUUUUUCGCAGAUGACUCACUUUUCUUCUUCAAAGGAUCCAAUACUAAAGCCAUUAAUGUUAAAGGGAUCUUAGCUACAUAUGAGAGUGCUUCUGGUCAAUCGAUUAAUUUUCAGAAGUCUGGCAUUACGUUCAGUCUGAAUACUAGCAUGACUGUGAAAGCCGAUAUCAGCCAUAUUCUGGGCGUGUUUAACCCCUUUGAGGGUGGUUCUUACCUGGGGUUACCUUCUCUGAUUAGUAGGAAUAAAAGACAAGUUCUUGGUUUUCUCAAAGAAAGAAUGUGGAAGCAUAUAAAUAGCUGGUCUAACAGAUUUCUUUCCAAAGCGAGGAGAGAGAUACUUAUUAAGUCCGUGAUUCUAGCAUUGCCGGCUUAUUGCAUGAGUGUCUUUGAAUUGCCUCUAUGUCUAUGUGAUGACUUGGAAAAAAUGAUGAAUAGUUUUUAG